AUGGAACCAACACCUCAAACCGUCGUUCCAGAAACUGUCCAAGACACUGUCCCAAUAAAAAGAAUUAAGCUUCCUUCUGACCUUCCCUUUUGGGAGUCGUCUAUUGCUUAUAACAGACUUUUCCAGACUCUUCAUAUUUUAAAUGACAGUAUUAAAAAAAUGGAGUUUGACUCGCCCAAGAUAAAGAUCACGCCGCACAUUACUGAGAUGGUUAACCAACUUGGACGGUUGAGUGUCUUCAUCGACGAAAUUCCCCCCGUCAAUUUGGAGAAGAGUAGAUAUGGCAACAUUUCCUUCCGUACUUGGCAUCAGCGCAUAGAAAAAUACAGUUUAGAGACUUUGCAUAAAGCAUUGUUACCUGAGGAAUUCCAUUCAUUAAUUCCGGAGUUCCACGGCUAUUUGAUGGAUGCGUUUGGGUCACCAGUACGUAUCGACUAUGGUAGUGGACACGAGUUACACUUUUUCUGUUGGAUCGUCUUAUUUGUGACAAUCGGUGUGAUCAAAGAAGAGGAAUACCCCGCCGUCAUUCUCGUCGUGUUCCGAAAGUAUUUGUAUCUUUGUAGAAAGUUGCAACAAGUCUAUCGAUUAGAGCCUGCUGGAAGUCAUGGGGUCUGGGGAAUUGAUGAUUACCAAUUCCUGCCUUUCCUCUUCGGCUCUGCUCAACUCAUUAAACAUCCAUUCCUCAAGCCAGACUCUAUAUUAGACAAGAGUCUUGUCAACUUAUACCAAAACAACGAUUUCUAUUUUGACUGCAUUGCUUAUAUCUAUAAAGUCAAAAAUAGAGCCCCUUUCUUCGAGUCUUCCCCAGACUUAUUCAACAUUUCUGCGGCUGAAAGCUGGGAAAAGAUCAAUAAGGGGAUGUUUACUAAAUACCACGCUGAAGUUCUUGACAAGUUUCCAAUCGUCCAACAUUUCCUUUUUGGUAAGAUUCUUCCAUUCGAACAACCUAAGAGAGAAGAGCCAAGUAAAUAA